AUGGGCGCGCCAGAAGCUCCUAACCCGAGCAAUGAGGCUAUGCCACAUGAUCUAGAGCAGGCCAGGAUCAACCAAGAGACUGCUGAUUUGGAAAGAUUAGGAAGAGAACGCCCAAAAUGCUUCAAAGGCGCUUGGUCAGAAAUUUCUUUCUGUCUCUCAAUUUUCAUGUCCCAAAUUCUUGCAGAAUACUAUAUCUCAGGCUCAAAUGUUCUCCUUCCAACGCUGGUUAAAGAGCUUGACCUCCCCAAAGCCUCAGAGAUAUGGCCGUCUACCGCAUUAUCGCUAGUCGUGACCUCGACGCUGCUGAUCUUCGGUAGAUUAACCGACAUGUUUGGCGGAUAUAUAAUUUACAGCGGAGGAGCUGUUUGGCUCACAAUAUCCUCUAUCCUCUGCGGUGUCUCCCAGACAUGGCUGAUGUUGAUUAUUUGCCGAGCAUUGCAGGGUUUUGCUCUGGCCGCUUUUCUGCCAUCAGGAGUCAUGAUUCUUGGCAGCACCUACAGACCGGGGCCCAGAAAGAAUAUGGUCUUCAGUAUCUAUGGCGCAUGUGCGGCGCUGGGCUUCUUUGUGGGAAUUUUCUUCUCCGGACUCUGUGGUGAAUAUCUCACUUGGAGAUGGUACUUCUUCAUCGGAGCGAUCCUCUCCGCCAUCACAGCAGCUCUGUCACUAUUCUCCAUUCCGCGCGAUUAUUCUGAGAAGAGAAAAAUGGGUAUUCGGAUGGACUGGCCUGGUGCCUGUCUUUCUGUCCCGGCGGCUGUGCUUUUUGUGUUUGCCAUUGCGGAUAGUUCGUAUGCGACACAAGGGUGGAGAACGCCAUAUAUUCCUCUUUUCUUCGUUCUUGGGCUUAUUCUUAUGGGAGUCAUGGUUUAUGUGGAAGGAUGGGUUGUGAAGAACCCUCUGCUGCCUGGCGACGUUUUCCGAGUCAAGUAUAUGCUGCCUCUGGUCAUCGCAUUGCUAUUUCUUUACGGCACGUUGGGUAUAUUCCUACUCUAUGCCGUUCUCUACAUGUCUGAAAUAAUGGGUGCUUCGCCAAUGCAAAUCGUGGCAUGGACUGCGCCUAUGGGAGUUGGUGGUCUUAUCCUUUCAAUCGGAGGAGGAAUGAUCUUCCACAAAGUCCCAGGAACGUUGUUGAUGUUGAUAUCAUGUCUCGGCUACGUGGGUUCUGGUCUGUUUUUCGCCGUCCUCCCUAUCGGCGGAAAUUACUGGGCUUUCGUAUUCCCGUCGAUGAUAUGCGGCACAGUCGGCAUUGAUAUCAGCUUCAACCUUGCCAAUGUUUUCAUCACGACAAACCUUCCAAAAGCAAGGCAAGGCUUAGCUGGUGCAUUGAUCAACUGCACUCUGCACAUGGGAAUCGCCGUGAUGCUUGGUUUCGCGGAUAUUGUUCACACCAACACAUCUGACCUAGGUACCCGGGAUAGCUACAAGGCUGUCUUUUGGUACCAAACCGGACUAGCCAUAUUGGGACUUGUUAUUGUCCUAUUUUUUGUGCGGAUCAGAGAGGCCAAGAGUGAACUUACACUUGAUGAAAGAGCAGCAAUGGCAGCAGAGGGAAAUGAAUGA